AUGGAUCUCCAAAAACCGCCCAGUUUUAUGUUGGAUUGUGGAAUGGCUCCACACAUGAUGCAACCGAUUCAAUGGGCUGCUGCCGCCAUCGCAGCCGCAUCGAAUUCUGGAAAUGCCACGUCACAACAGCCUCAGCAGCAACAACAACUACAACAUAUUUCGUACGGGGCAACUGGUUAUAAGGUCCAACAUCCAUCUAAAAACGCAUCAGUAACACCGUACUCGGAUGCAACGAAUUGCAAAAAAUCAUCGAAUCACAUCAAACGACCUAUGAAUGCAUUCAUGGUUUGGUCUCAAAUGGAACGACGAAAGAUUUGUGAGCACCAACCCGAUAUGCACAAUGCGGAGAUCAGCAAACAAUUGGGAUCCAGAUGGAGAAAUUUGACUGAUGAGGAGAAGGCGCCGUUUGUGGCUGAAGCUGAGAGAUUGAGAGUUUGUCAUAUGCAGGAGUACCCCGACUACAAAUACAAGCCACGUAAGAAGCCAAAGAAGAAUCCAGAUGGAACCCUUCAACAGCCAGCUCAGGCCCAAAAUGUCAUGGCUCCCCAAAACGUUCCACGUGGAACUUCUCCACAAUCCCGUCAACGCAAACGUCCGAAUCCCGAGCCAACCGAUCCAUCAAACCAAUUCAAUUUCAAAGUAGUCAAAACAGAAGCAGAUUGGAUGGUAGGAUCUCAUCAAAAAAUGCCACCAUUCCAUCCAUCGUAUCCAUCGCCUUCUGAAUUUGGACACGCUCCAUUGACACCAGAAUCCGGGUUCUAUGAUGAUUUCUACACUCAACAUCAACAUCAGUUUGUACCUCAGCAUAACGGAGGCAGUCCCAUCCGAAUGACAUCGCUUGGUAUGGAUAUGGGAAUGGCUCCUCAGAUGAUGGGACAUAAUGCUGGAUUCGGUGCUGGAAACCAUCCAUUCUACUUGCACACAUCGCCACCAUCCGUGGAUCAGGACGACAUGCGCUCUCUAUCAUCCGGCUCCUCCGGUUAUGCAGAUUGCAGUGCAUCCGAACAAUCAACGUCAUCUCCAACGUCUUCUGGAGUCUCCUCAAUGACGUCAUCGACUCCUGGAACCAUCACAACGUCUUCUGGCGGCAUGAUGAGCGGUUCCAUAUUCUCAGACGAAUUUUCUGGAAUCUAUCCAACUGUAAAUGUGCCACCUGGCUUCCCAUGGGGAGACGCUCUGAAGAGUAUUGAUUUGGAGCCGUUCUAA